AUGGUGACUAAACAGCCCAGUGAAGCCGCCAUUGCUGAAGGUCUGGAGGCGGAGGAGGGAACUGACAUCGGCAUCAACUCGGCGUGGGAUGUUGAAAACUUGGAAGAGUUCAAAGAGGAUGACACGACCGCUGCAGGUCACAUAUGGCUACAGCAACAACGUCAGACCUUGCAAUACCUCCGCCUCAUAGAGCAUGAGAUGCCAAAACUUGUCGCUUUCCGUAAAGAAUUCAAACCUCCGACCUCUGAGACGCCCCUAGUCGCCCGAUCCAUCUGGUACGCCGGUGAAAAUCACCCUGCAACCCAUAAACGCACCAUCGUCGUUCCUGUGUCCACCCUACCGCUUAAAGAUAGGCACGCAGUGCACAACUUCCGCCUUCUGGCAGGCGUGCGGUGGACUCCGUUCCCUCCGAAGGAUUCUGGUCUUCGUCAAAGAGAGAACAGCGAGGAUGGCUAUUUCAAGAUAUCUUGCGAGGAUUUUAAGAGACCGUCUAUGAAUCUCAAAUGGGCUAGCGACGUCUUGGACAAACUUAUUGAUGAGGCUAAUAGAGCGGGCAAGAGUUUCAAGGAUAUUCCAUACGAUCGACGGCAUCUAGAUGCGAAAGCUAUGAAAGCUAAGAAGGGCAAGUUAUUGAGGGAUGUAGCUGGUGGUACAGGGCGGUAUCUUUCCCCGCCCUCGAUCAAAGACUUCCCCAAGUCUUGGUUGCCGAAACCCUCGCGAUUGACGCCGAAGACUCUUCUGAACCCUAUCCCUGCACCACCACAACCGGUUCAAUAG